GACUAAAAUAGUUGCCGACUGCUUAAUUUAUGCACAAAGUAGACAACAAGUGACUUGCUAUGUUGAUAAGUGAGUUGUGGACCCGAGUUACUGACUCGAUCUCCAAAGCAAGCAUCCAGCCCGUCAGAGUUGAGCAUCAAGUUGAACAAGUUCCAUCAUCGAGGAUGAGCGAGUUCACAUCUCUGUUGAUCAGACUGGCGCUGUCUGCUGGACUGUCUCUCGUGUUGGGUAAAAUUCUUCUUGAUAUGAUGGACCCCACAAGGAAGCAAAAGAAGGAGGCAGAGAAGAGGGCUAAAGAAUUGAUGAAAAGAAUUGGGGUGACUAAUGUGAAGUUGACAGAAUAUGAACUUUGUUUUGCUGCUGACUUGAUUGAACCAGAGAGUCUUGAUGUAUCAUGGGUUGACAUUGGGGGUUUAGAUGAUGUGGUUAGGUCAAUCAAAGAAACUGUCAUAUUCCCAUUUAAAAGACGAGACUUAUUCAAAGAUUCAUAUUUAAUCCAACCACCAAAGGGCCUUUUGUUACACGGACCUCCUGGAUGUGGAAAAACAAUGGUUGCCAAAGCAAUUGCAAAAGAUGCAGGAGCCAGAUUUAUUAAUUUCAAAAUUUCAUCAAUGGUGGAUAAAUGGUAUGGAGAGUCACAAAAAAGAGCAGAGGCAGUGUUCUCAUUGGCUAUGAAAUUGCAGCCAGCAAUUAUAUUUAUAGAUGAAAUAGAUUCCUUUUUACGGUCCAGAAGUUCACAGGACCAUGAAGCCACAGCUAUGAUUAAGGCUCAGUUUAUGAGUAUGUGGGAUGGCGUUAUUACAGACCCUAAAUGUCAGGUGAUGAUCAUAGCAGCAACAAAUCGUCCAAGUGACAUCGACCCAGCCAUUCUAAGAAGACUACCUUGCCAAUUUAGCAUUAAAAAACCAGAAAAACUUCAAAGAAUUAAUAUAUUAAAACUUGUGUUAUGUGGAGAAGACACAGAGGACUUAAAUUAUGAACAAUUAGGAGAAGAAACCAUGGGAAUGACAGGAAGUGACCUUAAGGAAGUUUGUAGGGUAGCAUCAACCAAUCGAAUCAGAGAGUUAAUCCAGGACAACCAAUCAGAUAAUAUCUAUAAAGUGAAAAUAGACAGACUAAGACCUGUAACAAUGAAGGAUAUGGCAAUUGCUAUUGAAAAGGUUUCAAAGUCCAAGUCAGAAGUGUUCACAAGUUUUUCUCACAUUCAAAUGGACUGAGGAUUAUUCAUAAGCACAAAGACUGAGUUUCAUAUAAUGUUGUUAAGAUGCAUCUUUGAACAGCCAAAUGACGUAUUGUACUGAACUAAUACAGAUAUUGGAUUAUCACCAAACAUUUAUAGCUUCCCAUUGGGUUUAAAAGUUCUUUCAGUUAGGUUCCCCCCCCCCCCCCUUGCUAUUUUUAUUGUCUUUGAAUAUAUUUUUUUUAAAUAUUAAAUGCUUUUUAUUCUAAUUAGUUAUAUUAAACAUUCCAAAAUAAAUGAGUAACGCUGCAUGUCAUGUAUAAAAAAAAAAAGGGGGGGGGGAGUAGGAUUGAUGAUGUUUAUGUAAUAGUGUUGCGGGGCUUCACAGUUAUAGAGUAAAAAGGGGAAAGCAAUCUGAAUCCCCCUCCUCCCCUCCCAAAAAACCCACAAAACACCUCUGUUAUACCUGUUGAUUGAAAAUGUUACAUCAUUUUACCACUGAUUCUAUUCUAUUGAGUGAUAUUUUUAGUGCUAUUUUUCAUCUUUUUGCUGAUGAAGUCAAAUAUGGGAGUUACAUGUAUUGGAAUUAAACAAACUGGCUGUGGCCACCUUAAAGAAUCCUGUGUAUUAUUUUAUCAGUCGUUUUGUCUGUCAACAAGCUGCUGUUAAUUUUAAAAGAAUAAAGUGUAAAAUUCAA